GCCAAACGCUCUGCGGCCUGUGUUAGCAUUCUCCUUUCCCGCCCCGGUGCCCGCCGGCCUCCUCCCAGGCCCCCGAUGACAACGACGAUGAUGAUGUGUAGUCAGGAGGGGUUUCCAGGGCGUCCAUGCUUCCGAGUGACCGUGUCGGCACUUGUGGGCUUCUGGAGGGAUUCUGGUGUUUCCCCUCACUGGCUCUCCGUGUUUUGGAUGGAUUCUUGAGAAUCUGAAGAGAGCUUGAGGGGCUGGCGCUUGGCAGCCAGGGCCGCCAUAGCUUGCUCAUCACGUUCUCGGAAAGCGAUUCCCUCUCAAUAACACGGUCGCCUGGUGGUUCCUAGGACCGUAAUAACGUGCUAAGAGCAGAGGGAAGAGCGUGGGCACCUGGGCAGGAGCAGGGCACGGCUCUGCCCUGGGAGGCCACAGGAGGGGACGCGGAGCCACCAGAGGGACCUCCAGUCAUCUAGCGCCGUGAGGAUUCAAAAGCGAUAAAAGUGAGAUGUGAUGCUUAAUCCCGACCCGGGGCCACAGUAAGCAUGGCCACAGAUGUCUUUAAUUCCAAAAACCUGGCCGUGCAGGCUCAGAAGAAGAUCCUGGGUAAAAUGGUAUCCAAAUCGAUCGCGACCACCCUGAUCGAUGACACCAGCAGUGAGGUGCUGGAUGAGCUCUACAGGGUGACCAAGGAGUACACCCAGAACAAGAAGGAGGCGGAGAGGGUCAUCAAGAACCUCAUCAAGACGGUCAUCAAGCUGGCCAUCCUGUACAGGAACAACCAGUUCAAUCAAGACGAGCUGGCGCUGAUGGAGAAAUUCAAGAAGAAGGUCCAUCAGCUGGCGAUGACCGUGGUGAGCUUCCACCAGGUAGAUUACACCUUCGACCGCCACGUGCUGUCCCGGCUGCUGAACGAGUGCCGAGAGCUGCUGCACCAGAUCAUCCAGCGCCACCUCACCACCAAGUCCCACGGACGGGUGAACAACGUCUUCGACCAUUUCUCAGAUUGCGACUUCCUGGCUGCCUUGUAUAACCCCUUCGGGAAGUUUAAACCUCACCUACAGAAACUCUGCGACGGCAUCAACAAAAUGUUGGACGAAGAGAACAUAUGAGCAUGUGGAUUCAGACCUGACUGAUUUUGUUUCCAGGACGGAGCACGGCUGAUCCAUGAAGGAAAGAAAAAGACAAUUGUUUAUCUUUUUUAAGAUUACACGUGUUUCAGGAAGACUUGGUCCAAUUCAACCAUCGGACAUUAUGGAUGAUGCUUUUCUAGCACUCGUUUUAUUGGGAGCAAAGCAUGCUGUCAAAAGACUGGUCAGAAUUCACCCAGAGGUGGCAGUCACGAGGAAGACAAAGAUAGCUAAGAAAUACGAG